CUCACCCAGUUCCAGUCUUUAUCCAAAUCUCUUCACUUUCGGUUCGUUCGGUUAUUCUUUCCUCGAUUUCACUCUCCACACACAAAGAUACAUAGAUGCAAAGCCAUCAAAUAAAAGAUACUGUGUACAGUGAGCGUUGAGGAUCCCGGGAAAACCAUGAACACUCCUUGAUACCCGUUUUGGAGGCAAGAUCCGAUGAUUGUGCAAUGUAGUCCGCUAAUCCUUUCUAUCCUAGAGAAUCCUGCUGAAAGGUAGAUUUCGGAGUACAAUAAACGUUCCUAAAGCUUUUGUGCUGUUUAGUGAAUGUGAUAGCGAUUUUCCUUAAUCAUGUUAUCUGGCUCGUAAUAGGAUGAAUACAUUACAGGCUACAUUGUAGCUAAUGCUGCCGUGAUAAGUAAAUACGCGGGAGUUUCGUGCGUGGUAGGUGAACGCUAACAUUUUCUAAGGCUCACGAUGUGUUAUUAAUAUUGAGAUCCUGGCGGUGUUUCCUUUGUAUAUAAUUAACUCCUCCACAUGCGUUUCAGAGGGUGUAAUGACUUAGCCUAGCUCGGAGUUGUGUGCGAUAUUUAUCGGUCGGUAGACGGUCGUUAAAUCCUCCAGUUCUGGAUGUGUAAGGCAGUAAAAUAAUAAUAAGACCAGGAGCAAUGGCCAUGAUUGCUGCUCGGAGGCGGUGUUUCUGUCGCGAAUAUAGUAACGUGCUUUAAAAAAAAAUCCCUGCUUUGUUACGUCGUUGUUGUUGUUAGAAAUCGUUUAUAGAAAUACACAAUAGUCCCGUUCUAAAUGUAAAUAUUACAUACGUUAAGGACAAAAGCGUUCGCGUUGAAGCUGUGAUGUGUCGUUGAAGGCUGGAAGUUUUCAAGUGAAUUUUGAACAGUUUUGUACAAACAUACAUGCCAGACAAACUGUAUGUGGAUAUUGGCACUGUCUGGGAGGAGAAGAUAUUGUUUACCUGCUACACUUUCGUAGAAAAUUAAUUAUAAAUGAAGCAACAUGGGAAAUGGAAUGAACAAGGUCUUGCCAGGACUAUAUGUUGGCAACUAUCGCGAUUCGAAAGACCACCAACAGCUGGAUCGUUACAACAUCACCCACAUCAUUGCGAUUCAUGACAGCCCCAGGCGUCUGUUGCCAGACAAACACUAUCUGUGCGUGAUGGCUGCUGACACGCCCGACCAGAACCUCUCGCAAUACUUCUCAGUUUGUAACGAUUUCAUUCACGCCGCCCGACUCCGGGACGGGAACGUUCUAAUCCACUGCCUGGCGGGAAUGUCGCGCUCAGUUACGGUGGCUGUUGCUUACAUUAUGACCUGCUCGAAUCUGAACUGGAAGGAAGCACUGAAGGUGGUGCGAGCCGGUCGUGCCGUGGCCAACCCGAAUUUAGGAUUUCAGACUCAAUUGCAGGACUUUGAGAUGAAUCGACUGGCGGAGGAGCGACGGCGACUACGCGAACGCUUCCCAAGCGUAGCGCUCGAGCAAAUGGAUCGGGACCAAUGCACGACGGCUCUGUGCAGUUACGAGGAGCAACUACUGAACAAGGACAUUUGCGAAGGGAAUUGCUCGCGAACGGAGAAGUGUCCAACAGGAUUAUGCAAUACGGACAAUGCAAAAGGUAUUUUUCGACGAAAGACCAGUUCAGCUUCAAUGGGCCGUAGUCGGCUAACCCCUAUUCCGGACGGUGCUCAAUCAUGUCCUACUUCGCCAAAGUACUCACAUCGGCAGCGUAGUCAACGUGACCGGGAUCGAGGUGAUCAGCCUCGGGAUCGAGAUCGAGAUAGGGACCGAGAGCGAGAUCGUAAAGAUCGCAAUGUAGAGCGAAGUCAAACUGAAGGAGGUCCCGGAACCUCGAGAACUUCAAACGGUUUGACGAGGAGUGCAAGUACAAUAAGCAAUAUAAGGCCGCGAAGUAGCCCAGCUGGAUUAUAUUCCUAUACAGGUAAGGAUGAAGGAUCAGCACCAACAUCCGUCCAUGGUUCACGUGUGGAUCUUGCAACACCCGAUAAAGGUUCCGCUAUCUACAUAGGAUGUGCACCUCCGAAGAAUGAGAUCUAUGGCUCGACGAAAUCUAUAGUAUCAGCGCGGGUGGGAUCAUCUAGUGCAUCGACACCGCUACAGACACCAACAAACACCCCACCGGUUAGUCCUAGCAAGCAAGCAAUCAAAAGGUCAAGCAGUGUCGUUAAAAAGAAAUGAAAACUAGAGUUUGCAUCCUGUGUGCUUGCUCACUAUAGCAGAGAUGUUUCUUCCUACGCUUCAUAGUAUUUAUCCGAGGUUCAGGCUGCUGGAGGCCAAGCUAUUUGGUGCAGCGAAAAACAUUUAUAUAAAUACUACUAUCGCAUUGCCUACUCAUUAUAGUCACUUGGUAAGGACAAGACGUGGGUACGAUGGUGAAAUGGAAUCCGGAAUUUGAAGCGUGAAAAUGUAUUUUGAAUAUGGACGGGUUUGAAUAGGAUCACAUAUUUUCGAAUGCACCUCAUUCCAUUUAGUUUUGGAAGGAUAAGCAAUAAGAAAGGAAUUUGUUACUUUCGGUCCUUUUAUGCACAAACUUCUAUUCGGACUUUGGGCAUUUGGAAUUGAAAAGAUGCUUCCGAAUAGAAAAGAUAUUUAAGAAUAUAAUAAAAAGAUACUUUAGAGCAAUUAAAAUUGAUCUACUUCGAGUUGUCGAGGAGACCCAAGCAUUUAAUGAGUGUUAAGAAAAUUUGAUAUUAAGAAAACUUAGGCAAAGGAGAUGAAUGUGAGUUCUUUCAGUGGACGGAAGUGACUAUACUACUAAUAAGGUGCUAUUAUCAACCUAAUUUGCGUCCUAACCCCACUGCAUUAAGUUGCAUAAAUCCCAAUCGUAACUGUAGCUAGCAUUGCUCCCAUCAUAGCUGCAAUUGACCAAAUGAUAAAGAGUCAAUUAAAGUAAUUGAAAAUAUUUCUAAAAAAGUUGAUUGCGAAGAUUGUCCUGGGAUAGUCAAACAGCGGAAUGCCAGGAGAAGAUAUAUGGUUAAGCAAAUGUUAUCAACUUUAUUUGAUAUUUAUCUUGGUUAUUAGAUAUAGAGAUAUCGUCAAAGAAUGUUGGUUCCAUCGGCAAUUGCUCUUUUUGAAAACGAACACGGACUUCUCGGUCAGUUGUUCCAUGCCUACUUACUUAUCGGUCCGGGUUUGCGUCCCGGUUCGUCAUGGAUGUUUAUGUUUGUGCUGUGCUGCUACUGUAGACUUAUUACCUACAAACUAUUAGGUCUGAAGAUAUUGAAAUUGAAGCACAGUCUUAUUGAAAGCUGAGAUUGUGUGGAUGCCCUACACUCCAAAAAGGAACGAAUAAAAGACCAGCAAAUUUGUUGAGAAUGCUGGGAGUCCUGAAUUCGCACCCACUUGGUGACGGACCGGAGCACUUGGGAAGCAACUUACUUCCUCUUUUGUAGUCCACGGACUUAUUUUUUUUGGGUUGGUCACCCAAGUUCUCAAAAAAGAAAGAAAAAGUUGACUGACGGUUUCCUCUAGGACAGUGAUGACGCCUGAUGAGUUGCCUCUGCCCUGGACGAAACCGUCUUUCAACUUUCUCGUUCUUUUUUGAAAAGUUGCAUGGUUAACCCAAAAAGAGGAGUCCGUGGACUAAAAAAGAGGAAGUAAGUUGCUUUCUACUUAGGUGACCAUAUGAUUCCCGUCUAGCUUGUUAAUCCUCUCUACGUGCCAUCAUUAUGGGUUCCUGUCAAUACUCAGAUCCUUCUAAUACUUUGAGGGAAGUCAAUGCUCCUCUAUUGUUUUGUGUCACUUACCAUUGCAUGGUGCCAUUCCAUCCAUUCCGUCGCCUUUUCUCAUGUGUGGCCUAUCCAUUGCUACUUCUGCCUUUGGUCCAUAUAGUUAUGCCGCUGGAACAUCAUAGAGCAUACCUGUCUCCAAUCUGAAUAUUUGUUUUGCUUGAAUUAUUGAUCCUCUGUUGAAAAUGGAGUUUAUUACGGUAGAAACUAGUCGGUACCAUCAAACCAGAGAUCCAUUUUAGGUCUCCAAAGAAUUGUCAGACUCUGCUACACUGUACGCAUCCCAGAAUAUUGCCACCAUCUUUGAUCCGUCGGUAAAGAAUACUGUGUCGUAACCCUGCGGGUCUUCCAUCUGCCCUAUUUUCCCAGCUUCAGCUAAAUUCCUUUGAAGCUCACUUGCGUGUGGUAUAAUCCGUUGGAAAUGCUUGGAGUUCCUGUGGUACCUCGAAUUGGAUCUCACUAUGGUCUUAGGGCUUAGUUGCCCAAUGUCCAGACGCGCCAAGUCUGACUGCACUACACGAUGCCGUAUCGUUAAUAUGAAGGUCUUGGAGAAGGAUGAAUAGGAGUUCAUUAAGGACAUCCGUCUUACAAGAAUACAGGGCUGCAGUAGGACCUGCAUAUUCGAUUCUUUGGAUCCCAUUGAACUUCGUUCCACUGUACUUUCUUCACAGCGACGGACACUACUCAAUAGAAUCGUACGUUAGAAUGGGAUGGAUCAGGGCUGAGUUAAUUCGUAGAACCAAUCUCCCCGGAGACUUCAUUUUUUAACGAGGCGUUUCUUACCGACCUAAAAGGCAGACUACAUGCCUUCUAAAUCCACAGUUCUAUGCUCAGUCUCCAAUUUAACCGUUGGAUUCAAGAUCACACCCAGACACUUUAUAUUGGAGGAGAGUGAUAAUCGUUGUCCAUUUAGCACAGGGAGUAUAAUUUCGGGUAUCCUUAUUUUGGCGGCAAGUACCGAUAGCUAGAUAAGGCUAGAUUUAUGCCGAAUCCGAAUCUUGGAACUCACAGGAACACUUUUCCAAAUGUACCCUCUGCAAUUUCCCUCAUAACGGAGGGAAACAUUUCUAAUAAUCACAUCACCAAUUCAUCGGCAUAUAUCACUAUCUUCACCCUCUUCCUGUGCAGUAUCUGUAGAAACCAUCACUAUAGCCAGAGCACUUGAGAGAGGUUGUCACUCUGGGGCGUCCCUCUAUUCACAGCUCUGGUUAUGUAACUAUUUUCCAUAUCAGACUGAAUUAUCCUAGUUCUUAGCAUGAAUACUAUCCAUUGCUCAUGGCCCAAAGUCAUUCGCGGAUUCAUGGCCGCGGUUACCCGCGCAUCUUCAGGAGCACCGCAGAUGUUUGAAUAAAAUACAGGCAUUAUGUAGCCUGGACCUGGAGUUAUAUGUAGGAGGAAGCUGUUUAUAGCCAAGCUGAUUUUAUCUUCGGUGGGUAGUGAUUCAAGAUUUUCAAACUUCCAAACUUCGUCCAGACGACCGUCCUGCCGUUUCUGAAAGGGUAGGGGGCUGUUACAGCUAAAUUCAGACUCAGCUGUGACCAGCUUUGAUCCGAGAAUUAUCGUAGAUCAUACACAUGCAAUUUUUAUACCCUGAAAAGACCUCCUCUCCCAAGGGAAAUGGAAGGUAGUUGUGCUUACCCUGUUAUGCACCGAUUGUUAAUAAUAAAGUCCAAACUAAUUCAAAGCAUAUGCCUCGCAUCGCAGUCUAUGAGUAGGUUGGCUUUCUUCAAUGCGAUAAUUGACGUUGAAUGUUGUGAUCCUUUCGAUGCUGCUAAUCGAUCGUGAGCUAGGUAAGCCGAGGGGAUAUGCACGUCCUUCGCUCCCGCCUACUUCAAUUUAACCAAAAUUGGGACUUGGAACUGAGGUCCAGACAUAGAAUGGCGUGCAGGCUCGUCCUGGUAAGAAUAAAUGCAAGCCUAUUCCGAUUAGCGUCUCUUGUAAUUGUAAUAUUUGCUUUGGAGCUUUUUGAUGAUUCGGCCUCCUUGGAUGUCUUCCUCAUGUAGGUAGACCAGUAGAUUGGCGGAUUUGCACUUCGAGCGCUGCAGAUCAGUAUGGUCUGCUUACACACGGCGUCGAUUGGGUCCAAAUCGUCCUUUGUGUUUUUGACUCCGAAUCGCAUUCUGCAGUCCGCAGCGGCACUGAUCUUAGCAAAGUAUGAACUGAGAAAGUUCCUCGAGAACUGGUCCUCGUAUGCUUUUAGUUGAUACCCACUGACCACCUAGGGGGAGUUUUACAUUGCACCUGCUCCCUCCAUGUUCGAUAGCUAGCCUCUACAGCCUGGCCUCAACGCUGGUCCAUAUUUAUGAUGGCACUUUGCCGCCAGUAGUGAUAGUACCGACUUCCUUAUUCUUCGUAAUCAUCUUUGGGUGGAUGGCUUACUGGUUUUUGGGCAGUACUCUAGUGGACUUCCGUUUCUCUAUUGGUUUCCGGCAGUUGGCAUUCUUACCGUCCUCGUUACCGGGGGAACAUCCGAUGAUUUUGGCCCAGAACUACUAACAUAUUCGCUACGUCCAGUUCGACAUCAGAGGUCUAUGCUGUUGGUCCUAGCGCAAGGGUGCUACGAUUGGCACUUGUUGUUCUGAUUUCGAAGGCUAUUUUUUCUUGGCUGGAUGCCAGCAGCUUGUUCUUCGAUGAUGGGCAUUGUACCAGCAUCUGCUGUACUAUACAGUUCGUCCUUCGAUGAUGUGCCCAACAGCAGCCCCUCUUCUUCUUCUAUCGUCUGUUAUAUUAAAUUUGUGCCCACGGUAAUUAUAGCCCUAGAAAUCAAGCUCCCCUUUGACAACACAGUCCUCGGUGUAUACAGGUCCACCCUGGCUUGGGGUCCUGCUAGAACAUUUAAAGAGGAGGAUUGUCUUUGGCCAGUUUCGGUUCAUCCUGUGCCAAAUUAUCUUGCGCAGCCUUCGGCGGGGUGAGCUUACUUCUAGUCCAGAUAGAUUUUCGGUGCCACAAUGAGGGUCGUGUGAGGAAUAGUCAAAUUAUGUAACCUCAACUUAAAGCAUAAUCGAACUAGGCCAUCGAAUGCAGUUAAGUAUUUCCUCCCCUGAAAGUAUAUCAAGAUGGAGUGACCGUUGUUAAACAUUUUUGCCUUGCCCCACCUUCUAUUUCUUUGCUUUUCGUUAUGUCUGUGCUGCUUGCUGGCUCAAGGGCGAAGGGAUUAAUUUCUUACAGUUAGAGAUAUUUAAUUCCUUAGCCUUUGUCCCGUUCAAAAAGGAGUCGGGUCGUCUUGAUUGGUUGCGCUACUUUUCUUACGGUACCCAAAAGUAUAGAGGUUGUCAGGACGGACGACACUCCGGUAAAUUUUGGAUUUGAGACGUUCCUUGAUAUGUCGAACCCAAAGAACAUCAGUUGUGGAACCCCACUUCAUCCAGUUCGACAUAUUUAAAGCCUUCAGUCCUAGGUAGGCCUUUGUCACUGACAAUAGUAAUGUUUGUGACAUUGGGGUCGGUCGUCAAAAACUCUGUUUCAUUCGGAUUCAAUUUGAGACCGUGUUGCAUUAGGCGAUCAUUCCACUUUUGGAUACGUAGCUCAAGAUAUGUUCUCUUAUAAGGCGCAUAGAGUAAUACAGCGGCGAGAGGGGACUUCCUUGAUGAAUAACGACAGAGACACGAAGCGGUUUCGAUUUGUCGGCCAUGCUUUUAACUUCACUUUUCGGAUAGUGAUAGACCAAUUUUAUCAACCAUUUAAGUUUCUCUGGCCGGUGCUUCCACAGAGCAUACCCGAUGAGUUUGUGUGACAUCCAGUAAAACUUUUUCUCUAGAGAGUAGGGUGCUUAUCACUCCAUGAGUAGCCAUGCAGCGUGUACUACGUCAAUAGUUCCGCGGUUCUUUGUAAACCCGCCCUACUUCACGGUUAUUUGAACGUUGUCGCGAAUACGGUUGUCUGGACCUUCUGCUGGAUUGUCUUUCUUUUUCCAUAUUGGAACGGUCGUGCUUUCCUAACAGUCAGAUGGUGGUCUACCCUCUUCAAUGUCACGAUUGAAGAACUCACAGGUUUGGAUAAUAAUGAUCGCCUGUUGGGCGUUCCUGUAAAUUUGCUAAUUAGCCAGGGUUUGGUCGACGAGAAACUUAUGAUGGAGGCGUUUUUUCUCGCGAAUCUUCAUUUCGACAUCAUCAUUCUAAAGUGAAGUAUCUUGCUAACCAGGCUUGGUGACUCCGAAGGUUAUAUAGCUGGAUGUCACGUUUUUCGAUAUUCGUAAUGGUUGCCAAUCCCGUAAGUAAAAUCACUUCUCCCAGUUUCUGGUUUUUCCCCCACAUGAGCACUAAGAUCACUCGCAAUAACGAUGUAGUCAUUGGUAGGUACGUUACAGGGUUUUGCGUCAAGUAUUUGCCAGAAGGUAUUUUUUGGGUAUCAAACGACCUGUCGCGAUCGCGAUCAGUUGAUAUAAUAGUGACAUUCAUCAGCCGAUCAUUAAAUCCGUAAACUUCUUUGAUGGCGUCGUGAAAACCCUGAGAGAUGGCAAUGUCGACAUCAUAUUGAGUGCAUUGACAACCAAAAUAGAGCAGUAUGUUAUGUCGCAGCAUUUGGGACCACAUCUUCGAGUUCCCCCGUCUUUCUAGUGAGGGUACUAAUAUUUGGCGUGCAAACAUAAAUUUUUGGUUCCGAAUUAUUUACUUUCGUCUUGGCGUCGUCCAUGCGUCAAGAAGCCUUACUAAUUUCUCGACAAGACCGAGGCUCGUUCUGCCACGUGGACUGAGAUCCGAGAGUUUUUAUUCGAAGCAUUUUUUUAAUGAAUUGAAUUUCGCACGACUUGUCAUUAACAGAGAUUAGGUAGGAUCUGGUAUAGUAGAGUAACUCCGGCUAUAUUUGAUUUAUCUCUUUCCCUUAUCUCAAUAGUUUAUUUUUAUUUUAUUGAGGAUAGUACAAACAUGUUACUUCGAACCCUCCUCCUUUAUCUAGGCUUGGGAACAGCAUAUUAUGUAAAUAACAUUGCGAAGUUACUUUUUUUAUUGAAAUUAAUAAGUUUAUUGCCUUCAGAUGACCUAUUUUAGGGUUGACAAGGGGGCCAGCUCCUAUAAUUCUCAACUACUCAAGUAACAUUGCCGCUAAACCAACGACCAGAUUCGAAGUAACACUUUGUUUAUGGCCUUCAUCGAAAGGAAGAAGAUCAUACAUUCACCUUACUUAUUAUACAUUCCGCAACCUAUGAAAAAAAAAAAUUCGAACGGCUUUGUAACGGACAAGCAAAUUUUGAAUAAAAGUGUAAUAUUUUAUUUGACAAUUAUAUUUGUUAAUUUCUAACGAAUUGUUGUAAUUGUCAUUUAGAAGUUUAAUAUGGAUAGAAAAAAAAUAAUUUAAAAUCGAGAAUUAGUAAUCUGUAAAUAAUAGAAAAUAAAUAAAUCAAGAAAAUUUGCUUUAGACAAUUUUUAAAUAAUUGAAAAGAAAAUUUAAAAUUGAAGAUAUAUUUAUGUAUGGUGAAGAAAGUUGAUAAUUCAGAAGAAAAUGUUAUAAGAGAGGUCAUGUUCCUUGGAAAAAACAGAGACCCUGAUUAAAUAGAGCAAAGUUUUGAUGAAUUCGUUUGAAUCAGUUGCAAAUAAACGAAAUUAUUGAUUCAUUAAGUGAAAGAUUGUCAUUUUUCAUGAUGCUCAUGCCUUUGUUAAACAUAUGUAGAGUUAUAUAUGAAAUACUACCCGACUAACUACAAUUAGUCAUGUUCGCACAAAAACUCAUGUGGCCUAUUUCGCUGUUUUUACCAUAACAAUUGUAACUACAUAAAGGUCUGCAGGCAGACUCUAAAUCAAAUAUGUAGAUUCAAGAUAUGGUUAGUAAAUAUGUUUGAAGUGUUAAUGUUUUCGAUUGUUGAAAUUUCCUUGCUUUAAAUGCGAAUCCUGUUUAAGAAUAUAUAAAAUGGUUAAAGGUGAUUAUGCAAUCAAAAUUAAAAUGAGAUAAAAAACAAAAGAUAGUUUAAAAUCUAAAAUACUUAAUUGAAAGAUAAUCUGUCAUUUCUAUACAUAAAUUUGUACAUUCGCUAUUUUUAUAUGUGUCACGGAAGAAGACAAAAUUUAGGCAGAAUAAUUUGAAAAUUGUUCAUACUGUUGGCGGUGAGAUUUAUUGAAUUAAUAUAUGUUCAAGAUAGUGUUCCAUUAGAAAUCUUCCUGCUCGUCUGGAUGAUCUUCUGAUUGAUUCCUUCCCUCCUGUGUGAUCAAUCUGAACAACCUGUGUUUACUGAAGUUCAUCCACCUAUUUUUUGGACCCUAACCUGCCUUAGUACCCUAUUUACUCCUGCUGCCCUAUACGGCCUGCCCAUUUGCUGGUGUGCCCCACCAGCUUGUUGAGAAAGGACUCAUCAACUUGAUUUGAUCCUAACAUAGCACAUGUUUCAAACUGUGGCAAAUUUGUAUUGUUGAGAAAAUACUCAGAAAAAAAUGUAAAACCCUAAAAUAUUAGUAUAAAUUGCUAAAAGCGCUCGCUCUUGCCAUUUAAAGAAACUUUCAUUCAUUGUGAGCCGGAUGAAUUCAUGCUCAAUUGCAUUCCAAAUCUCGCAGGUUGAUAGAUAGGAACUCCACGCCUUCAUUCAUGAUUUCCGAAACAGCUACGGGACAUAUUAUUUGGAUAAUAUUUCUAAGAAGUUCUCCGAUCCAUGAUCAAAACGGCAAAUCUGAAUCCUCCUCCAGCUAUCCAGUAAGUACAAUCAAGUUUCCGAUUUCCAGUUCCACUCCUUCUCUACUACCUUCUGACCCUUAAGGCGUUGGCACUGCUCUAGCACUAGCAUGGGUCCAGUAUUCGGAUCUCAGUAUUCUGGUCCCUCUCAGCAACGCAUGUCGUUUGAAGUUCCCACUCAAUUUGAAGUCAAGCUAAUGCUUCAUUCAUUUUGUUCACAUGGCAUCACUAGUGCCCAUACACCACAGAAAAAAUCGGUUAGUAUUACGGACUCCACGGUAACCAACCAGCUGUCUUUGCUCCGCUUUUAUAUAAAAAUUCCUCUAUUGCCUUUCUGGAGCCGUUAGGGUAAAUGCAUCAAAUGGUAUACAAUUAAGAGAAAAAUACUAGGUCAAUGAUAAUUUUAGUUUGCAAUUUAAUUGGAUAGUUAUUAAGUGGAAUUUUAGGGUCAAGGAAUAGGAUUUUGAAUAAGAAAAUUGUUCAUUCAAAUUUCAAAGAUGAAUUAAGUCCAUUUCCAUGACUGCGUAGAAUCCAAAGUUGGGUGUUUCGAAUUAGCAUAUAUGGCCACCUCCUCUUCUGAGCAUCAGUCCAACGUUUUCGUCAUGCCCUGACUUUGUGUAUUGUCUCCCCCGUUCCUCGAAAUUAUGGUCGCCGUGCAUGUUUAGUCGUACAAUCUUUGCACCUUUUCAGUUGAAAUAUGAAUGGGUUUCAUUUAGUCACCACAAAUUCUGCUUCUUCUAACGUCGUUCGGAAAGCGCUAGCAUCUUAAGGCGAUCAGAUGAUGUAUUGACGAUAGGGUCUCCUUCAAUGCCUUAAAAUUAAGGGUCUUCGUCCAACCUGGUGCUGCCACACCCAGACAGGCAACAUCUUCCUCGCCGGUUUCGUCAUCAUAAUCAACGGAGCAACAACCGGUAUCCGGUCUAGGCCUGCCUCAGAAAGGAACUCCAGGCCGCGGUUUUGCGCCAAAGUCCACCAAUUCGAUAUCUCCAAGAACUGUCUAGCGCACGGAACCUCUUUCCACAUAUGAAGCUCACUUUGUAUUCCGCCAGCUCUAAUCCUGGUGAUAUUAACCAUUCCGAUUUCCCACAAGCUCAGAUAACAUCCGCAAGUUGUUUGUUUACUACCAAAAUUGCGAUGUUGUCAUUAUAGCCAAUAAGGGUAGUUUUUUCGCGGUAAUUUGAUCCAUAGCUCAUGGUCGUACACUGCAUUCCAGAACAGUUGACCCAAUGCUGAUCCUUGAGGCAUUCGCCGGUUGUCAAAUACUCAAAUGAGCCUGUGGGUUUCUAUCCACCAAAUAAUCCUCGAAGCCGGUUGAUUAUAUAUACAUGGUCUGCUUUGAAAGUAAUAGGAUUCGUUUUUUUUUAAAUGUAGUAUGGGAAAUCGGGGGUGUAGGCGACUGAAGUAGCAUUGUCACCUUGUGCUGGACAACAAACUCCACUACGCCGAAUGCUGUAUGGCUUUGCGCGUUGUCAUGGUGCAGCCGUCCAUUGUUGGCCACGACUGGGCAGACAUGAACAUUGUCUUUUCGCAGUCUUGUGAGGAGUUCCACGUAAAAAACUGCAUUAACUGUUUUUCCGAGUGGUACCAACUUUUUGUAAAUGAGUCCACGUCGAUUGAAAAGCUAAUGAGCACUGACUUUGUUUGAAUUUACUCAAUCGUGUUUUAAGGGAGCGGUUCUUUGGGUCAUACUUAAGCACCUAUGCCUACAUUGUCUAAAACGUUGGGUCCUCAUCCUGACGAUUGAGAAGAUCCUGGCCACCAACUUUGCACACAAUUUACUCAUAGGUAACUUUUUUUUUACGAUCUCAAAAAUUUGAGUUUGAGGGAAGUUAUCAGCAAUCACUUUGACACUCAUCUUAUGAUCACUGUUAGCGAAUCUUCCACUCGCGACAAGUUUUCGUUGCCCUUGCUGGUCAAACUGCGUUCGGAGCGGUCAUCGGACGACGGUAUCACUGUAGGCUUUCAUAAUCAUAUCGUUAGGUUUACCAAGCUUCAUGUAAAAUUUGAUCUUGUAUCAUUGCACCAUGAUUCUCCGUGACGGAUAAUUCAACGGCUGAGAACCAAUUGCCGAUUUCUCCCAACGUUCCCAAUAUCCACCUUCACAGAUCCUGGGCGAGCAGACUGCUUCUCGUCCGCCCAUUUGCCAGGAAAACCCAGUCCUGCUACUUCCUGAACACACCCUGUAGGUGGGCAUAAUCAGCCGGUUUAGGGAUGUUAUCAGCAUUCCUCAUAUCAAUAUUGAUGAUUGCACGACAUUUUCUGGUAUUGUCCUGCCAUUGCUUCUUCUGGUAGGUUGAUCACUGCAUUGUAUGCAUCAGCUGUUCAUCGAGCGGCGUUAAAAUCGUACUGUUGUUUAGAAGUCCUUCCUAUCUUCUCUAGAAUUGGAAAUAUCCUGUUUCAUAUAAUGCGUUCCAGAAGCUUUCCAAACUGCCCAGUAAAUAAAUGGGGUGGCACGAGGACGGCUUAUCAAGUGGUUUGCCACUCUAUGGUAGCAUCACCAGCAUCUGUAUUUUCAUCUGUUGUUGGUGCUUUAUUGGCCCCUAAUGGCAGCUUAUGUUAUAGCUGGAAUAACCUUUGGAGGAUGCUCUCUGUCGGUCAGAAUAGUCCAUCUGCUCUACCUGCGCAAUAAAAAUGAACACUUAAUCUGCAGGACUUUGUCUGUUUUCAGUUUUGCCAGUACUUCUCUGUAGGCGUGCUCUCUACGGGUAUAUGUUAGCCCCUUCGUUCCUUAUCGUUUAUUUUGCUCGCCUUCAUGGAUUGUCCUUGGCGAAUUUCUAGUGCAAGCUUUGUAUGUCCCUUUGUUUAACAACCUGCUUUCCUUUAUGCGUUGGUAAUUCCUCCUUGCAUUGCAUUUAGCAGGUGAUGCGACUUUUAAUUUUUUUCAAGGUUUUGGUAGUCUGUGGACAUUAUUUCUGCAUUCCUGACAAUUUAUUCACAUUCUUCUUCUCUAGCAUCUAUUGGCCCGGAAUUUCCAUAGUUUAGCCUGUUGGCCACUAUGUAUAUAGUGGCAUUUCCCUCUCCUGCGUCCUGUUUACAAAAGUAAUAUCUACCACUGAGCCUAGCCACCCUUUGGGGAAGUUGUAGGCGUUUCCGAUAUUAGCAAAUGCAAUGUCAAGCAACGAGAGGACUUCCAGCAGUGUCAGUCCUCUUUUGUUUGAAAGUUUACUCCCUCACUGAUACAAUGACAAUAGGGUUCGUGUGAGUGUGCCUAUAUAACGACUUGGUGACAAGUGAUGAUCCUAGAUGGUCGAAGUUAAUUAAGAAGGCAGAGUUAUUUUAAAAAUCUAAAAAAGGAGGCGAAAACAACCAUCAAAGUCCGUCCACAAUUAAUGUAGUUUGCCUGAAAUACCUGUCUAUACGCGUUUGCAAGUUACUGUGCUAGUUAGGCUCGGGAAUGUGGAGGGCACUUUUGAACACCUCAGUUCCUUUUACGUGAUUAUCAAGUAUUUCACAUGUGUUUUAAUCCGAUAAUACGAAUUGCAUUGGAAUCUGAAUCACAAAAUAACGAUGACGCGUGGAGUCCAAACUGCAGCGGAUCCAAAGCUGAAAGUGGGAAAACAAAAAAUUACUGGUUUGACCAUGGUCCUUCUUUGCUCGUAAUCUGCGCUUAGUCAAGCAUAGCAAAUAUAAGCAUGAAAGCCGUUUGGCUUACAAAUCUAUUGGGAGGUGUUUCCUCGAAUGAUUACCUUCCAGUCGUCCAAGGUCUUUCACUUUUAUAAUCGGUCCAUACUUUUUCUUUGUAGUUUUUAGACUGGUCCUAGAGAUCGUGACCAGCCGCAUAGUGGCUCAGAUUUGUCUGAAUAAACCUCAUUGGCACCUUGCUUUUGAAUCUCAUUGUCAGUGUCCUUUCUGCAUGACAUUGCCAUGUGUCCUUUUUUGACGCACCGUUUGCAUCGAUCAGAUUUAUUGCCCUUACUCUUGCAAGAUUUGUGUCUUUUGCAUUCUGCCGUUCUUCACUUGACUGCCAGCUUCCAGCAACUUGUUUGCUCAUACAGUCAUCAAACCUAUGAUUGCCUGUGGCGUGCCGUCAUUUGCUUUGCUUCAUAUAUCCUCUUGCGCUGUAGUCUCGUCGAGGUCCCUGCACGGCAUAGUUAUUUCGUGGUUCAAUUGCCUCAGCAUGACGCCCUUUCCUAAGAAUUUCCCUUUUGCCGUCUCCCCAGAUUCUUGUGAUAUUGCCACCUAAGCGACUUAGGGUCAGAUCUCCCUUGAUUUUCCGCAAAAUUUUAGUAUAGGAUAGGUCACUCUUGUUUUCGAUAAAAAUCGCGUCCAGACGGAAUUUCUUCAAUUGGGUUUGACUUGUUUCUUUGAUAUAACAAUUGUGCAAGCGUUUCUUCCCAUUUUCUGGGAUUCCAGUUGUGAACCAGAUUGAAGUUUCAAACUUUGGGCUCACCCCCGCCAAUCCUGCCUUUUUUAAAGUUUUGUACGUUUUUGAUGUUGGAACCUUUGCUGGAAUGUCUUUUAGCACUUUAUGCCUCCUUUAGCUUACUCCUUUGGGCUUGUUUCCUAUACUCGCAGUAGUGCUUUUCUCGCUGUCUCAGUAGCUUGAAAAUUCAAUAGAUAAUCUCAUUGCCAAUUACUAUAAACCAGUCUAACCAUUACUCUAUAUAUGUACACCCAACCACAAAUAUCAGACGUAACUGAAACAAUCCUUAAAAAAGUACCCUUUUCCUAGCGCUUUUACUGUAUUGAGUAGUUUGAUUAGUAAAAAUUAGCUUCGAAUUUCAAACCAAAAAAAAACCUAAAACAUUUUUACUCUAUCUAGAUUUUCAGUGUGAUAAACAUAAAUGUAGCGCUUCUAGAGAAAAAAAUCCUCUAUUUUCUAAAACAUGUGGAACGCUUAAAAAUCACCAAAAAAAAAAAAAAUCCUGAGACCAAAAAACUAUUUAGCUUUUUCUAAAUUUAAUAAUUAAAUACACGAAACUGGUAGACGAACGUUCAAAAAAUGGAAAACAAAAUACAAAAAAAAAAUUGUAAAGUAGGAAAGCGAUAAACCAUGAAUUAGAAUGGAUUAAACUAAAAAUAAAAUCAAAGAUCAAAUAGAAAUGCAAUGGAUAUUUUUCUUACCGAACAAAACUGUAUGUUUUAUAUAUUUUGGAAUGGAGAAAACACAAAACCCGACAUCUCUGAAAAUAUAUUGCAUUUACAGCAUUCUAAUAGCGAUUGUAUAUUUUUUAACAAUAAAUGUUGAGUUUUUGUUGAUAUUAUAGAUGAUUUUUAAGAAAUGAAAGUUUUAAAUAAAAUGUUGAAGAAAAACUAGUUGAUGAAAUAGUAGAAAC